AAGUCUGGUGGGUACAUUGUCACGUGACUCAGCAAGUUUCGCAUCCGGUGUACAUGUUACAGCCGUCAAUAUAUGAACACGUUAGAGUUUUGUAACAAUAAUAAUUAUAUGAGAAUUGAGUAACAUUGGAAUAACAAUAAGAUCGGAAAGAUGAGAAGUUGUCUAUGUGGAACGUUGGUUGUCAUAUCAGCUUACUUGGCUCUGGCACACUCACUUGUCAGAUUGAAAGCAGACGUGGAAUAUUACCCGAACGGAAACACAACAAGCGCCCUCUUCCGGUGUUCGGCAGGUCAAGGUCACAUGUACUAUUUAAAUCAUAUUAUCACAUGGAGUAGAAUAGGUCGCGACGGGCGCGAGGUGUAUUUAUCAUUGAACUGGGAUCUCGUACAGGAAGGCUCAACGUCACAGUAUAUAAUCACUUCACGACUUUACAAUGAAGGACCAAACAACGGCACAAAAAGUAGUCCCAUAAUGUACUUCGUUCUCGGCAAGACUGAAAUUACAUCAGACGACCACGGAGAAUAUAUUUGUCGUCUGCACGAUUAUGACAGAAAUGUGAUAGAUGAAUACAGAAUUCCAAUACUUGUAUUUGAUAAAGGAAUAACAUUAUCUCCGUACAAGAUUGCAGCUGACGCUGGAUCUGACAUUGCUAUAAACUGUAUGCAGAACACUUCCGCUUCAAAUGGCAGCCAUAUUGCUUUACAUCACGUGACAAAAGAUGGCGUAUCCAACACAAUUGUUGAUGGCGGGAAAAUUGUGACAGGAAAUUUAACUAAGAGAUAUGAUUUUGUCUCUAGAAAUAAUGGCAAUGGAAUAUUGCACAAUAUCGUUACGCUUAAAUCAACUUCAACAACAGACGACGGCCAUAUUGUUUGUGAAAUGAGAAAUGGCAGUCAGAUUGUUACAGAAACAAACGCCACUCUCAGUAUUGCAGUUCCAAAGUUAACGGUGUCGCCGCUUUACUUUCUGAAAGUGCCAGAAGAUGCCGUGGCACAUUUCAAAUGUGAAUGUUCUAUACAAGAUACGGCGGCAUGUAUAGACAAUGAUAUGGUAUGGUCGUUUGUAAACACAACCACUGGGGUAAAGACUCCGAUUUAUAAAAGAGGGAAAUUGUUGGACAAUUCAAGCGUUUACGAAAUACAUAUCAGCCAAAAUGGUUCAGCGAUAAAUUUGACUGUUCAGGGACUUAAGAUGCCGUUUUACGAAGUAGGGGAAUAUGUUUGUAGUCUGGAAGAAAAAUCAACAGGAAAUGAGAUUACACAAGCCACUAUACCCGUCAGUAUAACACCUAUUAAUAUGGGCGCGCUGGCGUUAUUAGACGACUACCCAGCUAGUAUAAGAUUACUGUGUACCAUGAGUGGAUCUACGUGGGACAACCAUUAUUUUGAUGAUCAUAAAAUGUCCUGGGUAUACGACAAAGAUGGUACGUCACAGAAAGUCGCGUCAAAUGGCGCGCUGGAGACAGGGUAUAGUGUGGACAAGUUUUCAAUGAUGUUCGACAGCCGAAGAUAUUACUCAAUAUUGACAAUCAAAUCCGUGGAGAAGAAAGAUUACGGGGAUUAUAAUUGUCAAUUAACAAACAACUAUUCUGGUACCAUCUUGAUGACAGAGAAACUGAAAAUGUAUGGUCGAGGUAACAUUACAAUAUUUUCUUCAAUGAACAAUCUGUAAAAGACAGAAGGCGGAGCACAGACAACUAACAUAUAGAAGAGCCCUAUACCAUAUAAAAAUAAAAACAGCAGCCAGUGCAAAUUUCCAAGCUACAUAAGACAAGUGUUGCAAAAAAAACAACAACACAAAACCGUGUGAUAUAAAAGCAGCGGAUAGCAAAUUUUAAACAACAGAAGCUAUUGUAUUAAUUUCUUAUGCAAACUUCUAUAUCAAUUGUGGUUCAGUCUGGGCAUGAUAAAACACCAAUUUAUCGAGAUAUUCAUGACAACACUGCUUAAAAAACACUUUUUAUUUUCUUUGAUGGGUGUGUACUUUGUAUGUUCUACCUAACAUGUUAUACCUUCUACAAAACAAUAAUAAUCAAAUGAUAAUUUCAUCAACGUUUUUAAAGCUUAAACCUUUAUGUACAGUUACUAUUGAAUUUCCCCCUUUCCACCACUUUUUGUGACAAAAGAAACACAUGCAUAAUGGUAAAUUGUAAAUAAAAAAAG